AAAUUGAAGGUAGAACUUCUUACUUGUAAUAAAACAUGGAGUUGCCUAAUAUUGAUAUUUUGGAAUCCCAAAACCAUCCACCACAAAAAAAUGGUGCUUCUUUCAUCACAACUUGCUUCAAUGGCCUUAAUGCUCUAACUGGUAUUGGACUGUUAUCGAUACCAUAUGCACUAUCACAAGGAGGAUGGCUUUCUCUCAUAACACUUAUUGGUAUAGCAAUGAUAUGUUUUUACACAGCUUUACUUCUCAAAAAAUGCAUGGAUUCGAAUAGUCUCGUCAAAACUUACCCGGACAUAGGCGAGCAUGCGUUUGGGAAGAAAGGGAGAGCACUAAUAUCCAUCUUCAUGUACCUCGAGCUCUUCCUCCUCGCAGUGGAGUUCCUCAUCUUGGAAGGUGACAACUUGCACAAGCUCUUCCCUUACACAAACGUUCACGUUUGGGGGAAGACCAUCGGGGGAAAGCCAAUGUUCAUCAUCCUCACCGCGCUAGUGAUGCUGCCCACGACGUGGCUGAGAGAUCUCUCCCUCCUAGCAUAUGUCUCUGCAGGUGGGAUUCUUGCCUCUCUGAUUCUUGUUGCUACGGUUUUUUGGAUUGGAGCGUUUGAGAAUGUGGGAUUUCAUGAAAAGGGAGCUCUUUGGAGGUAUAAUGGAAUGCCAAGUGCAGUGAGCUUGUACACAUUUUGUUACUGUGGUCAUGCUGUUUUCCCUACUAUUUGCAAUUCAAUGAAAGACAAAACACAAUUUCCUAAGGUAUUGUUGGUGUGCUUUGUUUUUAGUAGUGUAAGCUAUGGAUCAAUGGGUAUUAUGGGGUACCUAAUGUAUGGAGAAAAUUUGAUGUCACAAGUAACUUUAAAUCUCCCAUUACAAAGCAUUGGCACAAAAAUUGCAAUCUACACAACGCUUAUCAAUCCCAUUACGAAAUAUGCCAUCAUUAUAUCUCCAAUCGCAACUGCUCUCGAGGAGAAGUUUGUGCAAGAUAAUAGUUAUGGAUUAAGCUUGUUAAUUCGAACGAGUUUAGUGGUGUGCAGUGUUGUUAUUGCGCUAAUUGUGCCAUUUUUUGGAUAUGUGAUGGCAUUUAUUGGAGCGUUCCUGAGCGUGAGUGCAUCCAUAUUGUUUCCAUGCCUUUGCUAUGUGAAGAUCAACAAAGCAUCUCGAGGAUUAAGGUUGGAGCUUAUGUUUAUUUUGGUCAUUCUUAUUUUUGGAAUUUUUAUUGCCGUCACGGGGACUUUUGUUUCCGUUAGAGACAUCGUUCAACAUGUUGGUAUCAAAUAAUUAAUAUUGUAUAAAUGGGUAGAGGAUCAAGUAUAAUUAAACUCUCUCUCUGUAAAGUCUCAUGAUGUAGCUGUAAUAAAAUAGUGCACCAAUUUAUUGUAUAAA